GGCGCCUCUAUAUAUUUUCUAUCUCAAUGACUGAGAAAGAUAAAUUGUCAUUAUUGUCAAUAAUGUCAUUGACAAUCAGCUGCUUGAAAACGAUGAAUGUGAAUGUGCAGUGCUAGAUUUCUGUGCGUCUGCCGAUAGAGGAAAAUAUUACUUUAUGAAUAAAUAUGAGAGUAAAAUUAAUGAAUUACGAAUAAGAAAAGUAAUCGAUAAAAUAUAAUUUAUAUUCAUGAUCGAAUGAAAUCAUGAAAGUUCUCAGUGUUAAAUUGUUUCAAAUAAAUAAUUAUCAGAGAACACAUUUGUUUCGUAAUUUUCGACAAUGUUUUGUAUACAGAAGAAAAAGCAGUUUAAGGUUAUGGGAACAAGACAUUAACACUGAAAUUAAAUUGAAUAUUGAAAAGCAAUGGUCUAAUGUUGUCAGAAGAUCAGCACCCAACAAUGGAAUGAAACCAUACUAUGUGUUGCCUAUGUUUCCUUAUCCGUCAGGGAAUUUGCACAUGGGUCAUGUUCGAGUAUACUCUAUCUCAGACACCAUUGCAAGAUUUGAACAAUUAAAUGGAAGAUAUUCUAUUCACCCUAUUGGAUGGGAUGCUUUCGGUCUACCAGCAGAAAAUGCAGCCAUAGAAAGAAAUAUUCCUCCUAGCCAAUGGACGAAAUCGAAUAUAAAUUCGAUGAAAAAUCAGUUAGAGAAGCUGGGGUUUAAUUUCGAUUGGAAAAGAGAAAUUUCUACAUGUGAUCCUGGUUAUUACAAAUGGACGCAAUUUAUAUUUCUAAAGUUAUUUGAAAAAGGCUUAGCCUACCAAAGUAAGGCACAAGUUAAUUGGGAUCCAGUAGAUAUGACAGUUUUGGCUGAUGAACAAGUUGAUGAUCUUGGUUGUUCAUGGAGAUCUGGUGUUAAAGUUGAAAAAAAAUACCUGACACAGUGGUUUAUAAAAACAACGAAAUUUGCUAAAGCCCUGUAUGAUGGUCUAGACAGUGACGAGUUGGAAAAUUGGAAAGAUAUUAUCAAUUUGCAAAAACAUUGGAUUGGAGAAUGUGAUGGAGUUGUAGUAACUUUUAAACUGGAAGUAAAUGGGGAAAUGAAAACUUUUGAUGUUUGGACUUCAGAACCUUAUAAAUUUAUUCAUGGUGAUUUUUUAAUAAUUAAUUCAAGUCAUCCAUUAAUCCAAGAUUUAAAAUCUCAUGGAAGAAGCACGCUUGUAUGUUUAAAUCCUGUAUCAAAUUGUGAAUUACCUGUUUAUGUAGUUGAUGAUUUUAACUACCCAGAAGGAAGAAAUGUCUAUAUUGGUUGUUCACAAAUAGAUAGUGAAGAUAAGAAAGCUGCUCAAUUGCUAAACAUACCUGUUAGUAGACAACAAUUAAAAAUCGAUAUUGAGAGAGAAAAUAGCCAGGCAGUUGAAAUGGCACUUAAGAAAAAUGUUGGUGGUCACUUUGUUAGCUCCAAACUCAAAGAUUGGCUUAUAUCCAGACAAAGAUACUGGGGAACUCCUAUACCAAUAAUUCAUUGUAAAACAUGUGGUACAGUUCCUGUUCCUUAUGAAGAUCUUCCCGUAGAACUACCUGAAAUUCAGUCUAGUGCAGGUAUACAAACCUUAGAAAAGUUAGAGCACUGGAAAAAAUGUAUAUGCCCGAAGUGCCAAUCCAGUGCAACAAGGGAAACUGACACCAUGGACACAUUUGUGGAUUCUUCAUGGUAUUAUUAUCGUUUCUUGGAUCCAAAUAAUAAACUAAUGCCUUUUUCUAAAGAACAGGUUGUUGAUCACAUGCCUGUUGAUAUUUAUGUUGGAGGCAAGGAACAUGCUGUGUUGCAUUUAUAUUAUGCUAGAUUUAUGAGUUAUUUUUUGCAUUCACUUGGAUGGACACCUACUAAGGAGCCUUUUAAAAAGCUAGUGGUGCAAGGAAUGGUAAUGGGACAGUCUUAUAAAUUAAAGAGUUCUGGGAAAUACAUACCUCCAGAUCGGGUUGAAAAAGUUGGAAAAGAGUAUAUAGAAAAGAAUACGGGUGAAGCUGUGAUAACUCAAUGGGAAAAGAUGAGCAAAUCUAAAUACAAUGGUGAAAAUCCUGAAAGGUUACUUGCCACAUAUGGAUGUGAUACCACUCGACUUUUGAUUCUCGCUGAUGUACCCCCAGCGACGCCCAGGCGCUGGUCAGAUGCAACAUUACCUGGCGUGUUAAAUUGGCAACAUCGACUAUGGAUGACGAUGAGGGAAUUUUUGAAUCAUCGUAAUAACGUACCAGAAGUAAAUACUCUGACUCCUGAAGAAUAUAAUAAACAUGAAUACAAAAUAUGGGAUUCCAGAAAUUAUUUAAUUGCCACUACAACAUACCAUUUCAAACACACUCAAAAGCUGAGUGUUGGCAUUUCAAGACUCCAAAGUUUAACUAGCGUUCUAAGGAAUAAAGUACCGCCUGAAGUAAUAACUAAGAGUAAGGAAUACGAAAAGGCGUUAGCAGUGUUAAUCAUUAUGUUGGCACCAGUGACACCUCACUUUUGUUCUGAACUCUGGGCUGGCCUACAGUCUGCACCUCAUAGACUAACUGAGUCAUCCAAUAUGAUUGACUGGGGGAAAGGCGUACUCGAACAGACUUGGCCGAAAGUUGAUGAAAAUUAUGAGUUGUCAUUUUUAUGUAAAGUUGACGGGGCAGACAGAUGUGAACUUAAAUUAAAAUCUAGUGACCUCCUAAGUCUCACUCACGAGAAGGCAGUACAGAUGAUGCUUAAUCAGGAGUCAGUCAAAAAGAGACUUACAACUGAAAUACACAAGACUAAAUUUGAGUUGUAUCCUCAUUGUCGAGCAAUACUACACAUAUAUCCGAAGAAAAAGAAGGUUAAACAAGAAAAAGUAACAGACUCUGUGGUAUAAAUAGAUAUAGUUUAAUAAUGGUUGUUUCGUUAAAUAUAAUAAUAAAUAACUAAAUCAAACUAAUUUGACUUUUAACGGUGACUUUUAAGUCUAGCAAUUGGCAAUACUGUAACAUAAGACCGUGUCAGUACAAUAAUCAUCAAAACUAUAUAUUUUAAAUUUUCAUUUUCCUAUAUAAAACAGUAUUAAGCUACUUUUGUAUUGACUUUCCGACAAACGCAUUUUGUUAUGCUUUCAAAUGGUACCUAGUCGUAGUUAACAGUACCUCCACCGUAUUAAGUCUGUAAUACAUACAAAGUAUUAAAAUACUCUUAUAUCUACGACCCUACACUGCGAAGUGGCUGUUAUCUCGUGCUUCUCGCUUUCUUCCCUCUAAAUAUUUCAUCCUUGUACAUUCUGAUAUUUGCUGCAGAAUCCUAAAAAACUUCCCUCCACUCUAAAUUCCGAAGACGACUCAGUCCUUUAAGAUUACGAUCUAAUAUUUUUAAGAACUCCGCUCGUGUAAUUUUUGGCGUCUCGGUGGUACCAUUAUUUGAAGGAUCUGGAGUGGUAGUCACUGCGUUGUCAUCGGCAAAUUGACUGUUUACUAGAUCAGAUAUUUGAUUGUAAGCGCUUUUGGUGUCGUUGAUUUGCUCUAAAAUGACAUGAAAAAUGGUCCCAAAAAAUCCCCUUUUUGGAGUCCCGGCAACGUGUCUACCUGCUCUAGUAGCAGACUGUCUUGCAUUACGGUCUUUUUCGAUUAUUUCAUCAGCUGUUGACUGGCUGGAUACUGAGACAUGGCGAUAUGAUAGCGAUGAAUACGAUUGCAACUAAAACGUAAUGCUGCACACUGGUUGCCAUGGCUGAUCUUCACUGUAGACGGACGCCACCCCUAGCAAAUCGAUGUUCAAGACGAUAAUCGAAGCGAUUGCACUCAAGCUUCGCGAACUAAGUCGACGAGUGCACUGUGUAGCGCGGUGUUCACACUAAGCGUGCGAAGCCCGCGCACAAGCACCAUCGGUGCCAAGGCCACCGCUGGCGCU